UCAAGUGUUUUCCAGAUUUUCAAUCAGCCUUCUUGAGAAUUGUGUCAGAGGGUCCAGGCACAUUGGCAACGACAGCAGACAACAGAGACUGGGAGGGAUUGUUGCAGACCCCCCUAUCUUUGCAAGGGAAUUCAUUUACUAAUUAUUCAACCGCGAAUAUUGUUUAUUGUUGAUUCAGCGGGACAUAAAAGGUGCCAGAGACGGAAUAUUCAGUGUAAUGAGAGAAUGCUGUGUCAGUAGUAGCAGUGAGCUGUAAGAAGUUUUCUGCACUUGAUUAACAGCAAGCUGUUUCCCAAUCCUUGCCAACACAACAGUUGCCCAAACCAUGCACGUGUAAGAGCGAAACAGAAAUAUGGGGAUUAUCCAACUAUUAUGUGUAGUCACCGGCUAAGGGAAAACUAAGGACUGCUUGACAAGCAGGUGCAGAAUGUACAAGAGGAAUGGCCUCAUGGCCAAUCUGAGGGUCACGUCAGCUACACCAGAGGCCAGCAGCAGCUCCGACUCUCUCGAUGGGCAGUAUUCAGACUAUGCUAUGAAAAGUUAUGACGCGGUUGUAUUUGACGUACUUAAAGUGACCCCCGAAGAGUUUGCGAGCCAGAUUACUUUAAUGGAUGUCCCAGUAUUUAAAGCAAUCCAACCUGAGGAACUAACCAGUUGCGGGUGGAACAAGAAAGACAAACACAUCCUGGCACCAAACAUCGUUGCGUUUACCAGGAGGUUCAACCAGGUCAGUUUCUGGAUUGUCCGAGAGAUCCUUACCGCUCAGACGUUGAAAAUAAGAGCUGAAAUAUUGAGCCAUUUUAUAAAACUUGCUAAGAAAUUACUGGAGCUAAACAAUCUUCAUUCUCUCAUGGCUGUGGUCUCUGGUCUGCAAAGUGCGCCAAUCUUCCGGCUUUCCAAAACAUGGGCACUGGUCAGCCGGAAAGACAAAGCCACAUUUGAGAAGCUGGAUUACCUAGUGACGAAAGAAGACAACUACAAGAGAAUGCGUGAGUUCAUCAGCAGCUUGAGGAUGGUUCCCUGCAUCCCAUACUUGGGGAUUUACCUGUUGGAUUUGAUCUACAUUGAUUCUGCGUAUCCAGCGUCGGACAGCAUCAUGGAGAAUGAACAGAGGUCCAAUCAGAUGAACAACAUUUUGAGGAUCAUUUCGGAUUUACAAGAUUCAUUCAAUUGUGACUAUCUGGUGACGUUACCCCAUGUGCAAAACUACUUGAAAUCCGUGCGGUAUAUCGAGGAGUUGCAGAAAUUUGUGGAAGAGGACAAUUACAAGUUAUCCUUGAAGAUAGAAGCGGGAAAUAGUUCUCCCCGCCUGGUCUCUUCCAGAGAGGAGCUUGCAGGUCCCUCUGAGGUUUCGGCAUCAGUGAGGUACAGCCGGAGACCCACUUGCCCUGAUGCCUCCUUCUCGGGGGGUCUCAGCACCCCUCCAGUGCCCCGGCAUAGGAAGAGCCACAGCCUGGGAAACAACGUCAUGUGCCAGCUGAGUGUAGUGGAAAGCAGAAGCGCAACGUUCCCGACUGAAAGACCACGGCAUCUCCUGGACGACAGCGUGCUGGAAAGUCACAGUCCGGCCAAGAACCAGGAGACUUCCAUCUUCUCCAAUGGCGUGUCAAUUGGGAGCAGUGAAAGUUCUGAAUUCAGUGAGGAGCUCUCUUCCGGAUUAGAGAGGAAUCGUUUGUAUGCAACGCUAGGCCCGAACUGGCGGGUUUCUGUAAGGAAUUCCCCAAGGAACCGAAGCAGUAUUAACAGUCCAACAGACCCAUGCAGCUACCACUUAAGUGGUACCAAUGGAGCCAUCACUAUCGAAGGACCAUUGAGAAGGAAAACACUGCUGAAGGAAGGCAAGAAGCCAGCAUUGUCAUCAUGGACCCGCUACUGGCUCAUUCUCUCGGGAUCAAUUCUGCUGUACUACACCGCGAAGUCACUGAGAGCCUCUGAGAGGAAACACUUCAAGUCAGCCCCCAGUAAGAAGGUGUCAAUAGCAGGAUGGAUGGUGGUUCUGCCCGACGACCCAGAGCACCCAGAUAUCUUCCAGCUGAGUGACCCGGAUAAAGGAAAUGUUUACAAGUUCCAGACCAGCUCACGGUUUCAUGCAAUCCUGUGGCACAAGCACUUGGAUGAUGCUUGCAAGAGCAACAGACCACAGAUACCCGCCAACCUCAUGUCGUUUGAGUGAACGUUUGAAGACAGCACACAAGAUGUGAUCAAAAGUGCCAACCCAAGCAAUGGGAAAUCAAGCUAUUCAAUGGAUUAAUAACAAGGAAAAGUGAAGAAAAAGAUCUUUACACAGAGUUAUUUGUUCAUCGACUGCCAGCAUUGAAUACCGAAGCACUUUUUUUUGGACACUCUUAUUACAUGACCCCCCCCCCCCCCCAAAUGAUUUUGGUAGGUUUUUGGGGGGAAAAAAACGAAGUGAUUGUCUGAUCCAAAUUCAAAGUGUUGGCCACAGAGAUUAGGCAGAGCUUCAGACUACUUCACGAAGAGGGCAGUUAGUGACCAAGGUACAGUGUGUAAUGACUGCUGCCCAAAACAUUUUUUUUUAAAUGUUUGGUUUUUAUUAUUAAGCUGCUUUAUCGUGAACAACUUUUUAGCCCAUGUUGGGUAUUAACUUUCUUAUGCACUAAACAAGAAACUACUGACAGUAUUAGUAGGCUGCAUUGAGUAGCAUUUAGGGAAAUAAAUCAGUGAGUGAGGAUUUUUUUUAAAUGAAAUGCACUGAAUUGUUUGGUGGACUUGGCAACUGCCUCUGCAUUGAUGAUCAGUAUGUGUGCUGUUCUUGCAUUUCUUGCCUGGUGAACUCAUUGUGAUAUUCAAGCAAACCCCACAGUUUUAAGCCCAUUCCACCCCACCCCAACCUUAUGACAUUGCUUCCAACUGACCUUACCUGGCAGUAUUCCAAAGAGGAUUGGUUGGAGUUCUGGCCCAAGCAUCUUUCCAGAGGUUUGGAAAGGGGUGGAUCAGAAUAGCAAGGAGAAUGAAGGUCCAAUUUGUCCCUGUAACCCCAAUCCAGCAACUUUAACACAUCCUGUACCGCACUGGGUUUCUGGGCUUGUGUCUGAUUUAACAAGUUAUCCUCUCGACAAACGUAGAUAACAUUCUGAACACGGGAGUUCCUGCAGGUGCUGGAAAUCCAGAGCAACACACAAAACGCUGGAGGAACUUAGCAGGUCUGUGGAGGGAUACAAGCAGUCAAUGUUUCAAGCCAAGACCUUUAACCAGGACAGGAAUGGAAGAGAGAAGAAGCCAGAAUAAGAUGGGAAGGAGGGAAGGAAGAUAGGCUUCACCUAUCACCUUCCAGCUUAUACUCCUUAGGUGAAGGUACAAUCUCUCUUACUCCCACCACCUUAUUCUGGCUUCUUCCCUCUUCCUUUCCAGUCCUUAUGAAGCGUCUCGGCCCAAAAUAUCAACUCCUUUUCAUAGAUGCUUUCUGACUUACUGAGUUCCUCCAGCACUUGGAGAGUAAUGCUCAAAAUAACAUCCUGACCUGACGCAGGCAGCAUUUUCUGUUUGUUUUCAGCUUUCCAGUAUUGUAUCAUUCUCUUCUGCCAUUCAACUGGCUUCCAGCACAUUUAGAAGUAUUUUCCAGUUACUCAGUAUCAUUUUGUGAUUCAAGUGAAAGUCAUAGAUAUGUUACAGUGUAAUCUAUGAUAUGCUUCAUUUGUUAUGAAUUAUUUAAGUGUUGUAUAUAAUUGACAAGGUAUUAAUCAUAACCAGAGUUCACAUUGGCUUCAUAGUCCAUAAAAGUGAAACUUGAUAAGGUUUUGAUUAUUAUUUGAAGAGAACAAGUGUUUCUAUUUGAAAAUUAUUUUCUACUACUGCAUUUAGCUCCAUUUCAUGAUUUCCACUUAAAAUGUUCUAUUAAUGGAAGAAACAUUCAAACAAGCGAACAUUUCUAUUUUCUGUGGUCCUUCAUUAGACAGGUCAGGAUGCCCCCUGGACAAACAACAUGGGCAGCAGACAAGAGUUACAGAUCAGCCUCUGGAAUGCAUUCAUUUGCAGAUUUUGAGGAAGAGCAAAAGAAAUUGCUCACAUUUUCUGCUCAGGAGUGUUGACUAUUUUGUCUCCUAACCCUUCUGUCCCUCUGAUUCUAAAACACAGAACUCAGUAGCAUGUAUAGUUAAAAUACAUGGUCACAUUUGAAGCUCUACAAAGAAUGAUUCCUUAAUACUCUGGCCCCCCUGCUUCAGUCUUGCUUUGAGCAGGGACCAGGGACCAGGGAAAGGAUGACGUUGAGCAGGUCACCCAUCUGCAGCCAGAUCAAGGGAAAGAUCUUUAAACUCCAUCUGUCUCCCAGUGUGAUUUGGAAGGUAUCUGCCCAGCAGGCAUAUAUAGGUCUUUUCAUUCAUGUGGCAUUGAGAGUUGUGGGAGUGAAACCUGACCCGUGCUACACAUCUUUUCAGUGGCGCCCUCAGUUACAGUCUAGCCCUGGGUAAUAUGUAACCUGCAUUAUCUCUCACAAUCAACAGAGCCGAGUUCCUACAGUAAUCAACAGCAGUACUUCAAAGUCUACAAAGCAUUUUACCUAGGAAUGAAGAAACAGGCCAACUAAACCAAGGUGGUUAUCUUCUUUCUUCUAAACCUAUCAGCAUAACUCUCUAAUCCCUUCACAAUCAUAUGCUUGCCCAACCUUUCAUUAAAUGCUUCAGUGCUACUUGCCCACUCUUUGGGUAAAGUAGUUUAUUCUGAUUCAUUUAUUGGAUUCCUAGGUGUCAUAUCUCACAGUAACAACCUAAAAUUAGAGUCUAUCCCUCAUCAAGUGGAAAUACAUUUGCUGUAGAGGCUCAAUCAAAACCUCUUUUCCUGUUAAAGACUUCUAUUUCCUCAGCCUCAUUUUUGUCACUGACAUGGAUUUAAACAUCUUGAACAGCAGGAUUACAUUAAAAUGUUCCAACAGAUAAAAUGCAUUCGAUGCACAUUUCCCAUUAGGUGAGCCAUUGAGAAUUAUUGCAACCUGUUCAGUUGGUUUUGUACAGACAAAGUACAGGCUCAUUCAUUUGUAUAGUGAAAGCUUGUACCAUCUUUCGAAGGCAACAACUGCCUCGCUGCACAAAGUGUUUUGUUGGCCUUUUCUACUCCAAACCAGUUCAAUGUCUUUUUUAUACAAAACUAUUUAAAGAACGUCCCAUUAAGUGAGAAUUACAUCUCCAACCUAACAGCAUUGCAUUGGCUGUUUUAAGGAACAACGUUAGAUUUACUUCAUGACGAUCUCAAAAUUUUGAUCCUCAAAGAUGCUCCUGAAAUUUGAAUUCAAGAAUUUAGCUGAUGACCAUUGAUUUAAUAUCAGUGUAUAUCCCAACAGCAGAAAACAAUUCCCUUUGCAUCAGGGCUAGUCAAAAAAUCAAAAAGGAGUCAAUGUGAAGCCUAAUUCUAAACAGUUAGUAUAAAUUAAUUUUAAUGUUUAGAAUUGCUAGAUUAUAGUUACUACAAACCUGCUUCCCUCAUACAGCUGAUCUGUGACCUUAACCUUAUUUGUCUUUGCCUCGUGCUCCUUAGUUUAUCUUAUGAGCCCAGAUGACAGAUGAUUGUUGAUUUGUUUGGGUGCAAUGUGACCCAUUGACCUCCAACACUUUCCACCCCCAUGUUAAAUUAAAGCACAUUGGUACAACAAAGACCAGUGCAGGGUCAGUAGAUGUUGCCACUGUGAGUAAAUAAGAUAAUAUGUAAAUUUUCAUACAGUUCCAAGGGAAAUAUGUUGACAAAGGUCAUUUGCAUGCUAUCUGUGUUGAUGUGUUUUUAUAAUAAUUGCUAAAUUUCUGUUCUAACCACUGAACUCUGACUGCUCCAUGGAUGUUUUUUGCUAAAUUCUGUUACCUCAGGCUUGUAUCAAGUUGCUUUUUUUUGUCAGCUUCUUACAUUGAUGGUGCAGUCUUCAUUUAUUCAGUCAAAUAAAUUGCUGUUAGAAACGUGUUCACAGGAUGAUCGGAAUAUUUUCUUGGGAUCUCUGUACAUUACAUUUCUUCCCUGCAUUACAAAAGCUUGGAUUUGUAUUCAGGUUAUUGGAGGGCAGUCAUUCAGUCUCAGAAUCAAUUGGGUUUCACUGAACUCUUAAGGAAAUAGCUUGUGCCUUCAAAUUCAAAGUAAAAUUUAUUAUCAAAGUAUAUAUGCAUU